CUGGUUAUUGAGCAUCAGGGACCGGCUCUGCCACUUCAUAAGAUUCUCCCGCUGCUGCUGCUGCUGCUGCUGCUGCUGCUCUCCAUCGACACACUUCAACACAACAGAGACCCUAAAGUUCAAAGGUCUGAGGGAUUCAGCUCAGUUUUAAAGCUGCCUGGUGAGUCCUGAUUUCACAAGGACGGCAUGCCCUGGACCCGACCCCAGGUGGACCUUCAUGCUGCUGGAGCGGAGGCCAUGGACCAGUACAACAUGGACGACCACCACUACGAGGGCUCCCUGUUCCCCACCUCCACCCUCAUCCCCGUCACGGUCAUCUGCAUCCUCAUCUUCAUCGUCGGGGUGACGGGCAACACCAUGACCAUCCUCAUCAUCCAGCACUUCAAGGACAUGAAGACCACCACCAACCUCUACCUGUCCAGCAUGGCGGUAUCUGACCUCGUCAUCUUCCUCUGUCUGCCCUUUGACCUGUACCGCCUGUGGAAGUACGUUCCCUGGCUCUUUGGGGAGCCGGUGUGCCGCUUCUAUCACUACAUCUUUGAGGGCUGCACCUCUGCCACCAUCCUUCACAUCACGGCCCUGAGCAUCGAGCGCUACCUGGCCAUCAGCUUCCCUCUCCGCAGCAAGGUGCUGGUGACCAGGCGCAGGGUCCAGUACAUCAUCCUCGCCCUGUGGGUUUUUGCCCUGGUGUCCGCAGCUCCCACACUCUUCCUGGUCGGGGUGGAGUAUGACAAUGACACCCACCCAGACUACAGUACAAGGCAGUGCAAGCACACCAACUACGCCAUCAGCUCCGGGCAGCUGCACAUCAUGCUGUGGGUGUCCACCACCUACUUCUUCUGCCCCAUGCUCUGCCUCCUCUUCCUCUACGGCUCCAUCGGGUGCAAGUUGUGGAAAAGCAAAAAUGACCUGCAAGGUGCUUUGGCCCGUGAGCGCUCACACCGACAAACAGUGAAGAUCCUGGUGGUGGUGGUGCUGGCCUUCAUCGUCUGCUGGCUGCCUUACCACAUCGGCAGGAACCUCUUCGCCCAGGUGGACGACUACGACACGGCCAUGCUGAGCCAGAACUUCAACAUGGCCUCCAUGGUGCUCUGCUACCUCAGCGCCUCAAUCAACCCCGUCGUCUACAACCUCAUGUCUCGGAAGUACAGGGCUGCAGCCAAACGCCUCUUCCUGCUGCACCAGAGGCCCAGACAGGCCAACCGCGUGAUCGACCACAUGUCCACCCUGAAUGAAAGCCUGACUGGGGUGUGAGGGGCCUGGGCACACUCGUGUGCGAUGUCUCUUUAGUCACAGGCUUGUUUGACGACGCCACCAAGAGAGAGUGUGCAGGCGUUCUUCCCAGAUCACCAGCUUGAGAGGAAACUUGAUGAAGAUGUGUAGAGGAGCAAUGUUUCUGUGAGGGGGGGAAAGCGGAGGCUCAGAGCUGCACGUCAAAGCUGAUUUACUACUCAGUGGCAUUUUGUUCAAAGAGACUGGUUGAUGAAUUCAAACAUGUCACAUUUCUUUUUUCUUUUUCUGUUUGUGAGCAAAAUAAGAAAAUAUUCACGUUGUCCUGUGUGUGUGUAACACCUCAAGAAAAAAACAAACCUUAUACAUUGUGUGCCGUUGGAUGUUUCUGCUUGCUUGGUGUCCGCACUUAUGUGUUUCAGUUCACAAUUACCAUCAAUCCACAGCCCUGAUUAUGAAGUGAUCCCUCUCUGGUAAACCACAGAGAGCGUUUGCCACAUUUUAAAAGACUGAUCAUUUAUAAUGUUGUAAGAUUUGCAUUUGUUUGAUGUAUGGUGUGCAGUUGUUAUCAUACGGUUUGGCUGUUGCUCCCAUAAAUCAAGAAAAACAAAAACAAGUGAACCUGUUAGCUGUGGUCCAUUAAUUGUGUCGGUCUGACAGUGGGUGUUCCGGUUUGUGUGCG